ACCCGUCACUGCGGUGACAAUGACGCCUGCGGUGAUAUAGUCAGGCAUGAGAGACACGAGUGGGGAGAAUACGUGAAUACGAGACUGAAAAAGCGAUGACUGGUUUCGGGGCAGGGGACGCGGUCAUAAGCUGCCAACGGCCUUUGUGAUGGUUAGAUCUCAGCCCUUCGUCCCUUAUCAUAGCCCACUCGCUGCUCCUCUCUCCUCCUCUCGCUAUCCUCCCAUUGCUUCCGUUUCUAAUCGCCUCCUCCUCUGUCUCUCUUAUCUCCAAUGGCGACCUUCGCUUCUUUGUCUCAGUAGACGGGCCAAAAAGGAAGAGCAAAGCCUCUUUUCUAUCGGCGGAACGAACGCUGCUCUUGUGAAUUCGUGGAGCCCCUCUGUUCUUCCAGAGAUAAGAGGAAGCGAGUGGAGCGGGGCGGCCGCAUGGCACCCAAGGGCGGUCGAGGAAAGGGCAAGGGCGACAAGAAGAAGAAAGAUGAGAAAGUUCUGCCUCUGGCUGUGGACAUCACAGUAAUGCUCCCGGAUGAGUCUCAUGUCAUCCUCAAGGGGAUAUCGACCGACAAGAUCAUCGAUGUGCGGCGGCUGCUCUGCGUCAACACCCUUGCGUGCCAUAUCACCAAUUACUCCCUCUCCCAUGAGGUAAGAGGUUCGAGAUUGAAAGACUUCGUCGAUGUCACGGUGCUGAAACCAUGCACUCUCACUCUGGUUGAAGAGGACUACGACGAAGAGCGUGCGGUGGCGCACGUGCGGCGCCUCCUCGACCUCCUCUCCUCCACCACCUGCUUCGGUCCUCCGCCGCCUCCGACUCCGCAGCCAACGUCGCCCAAAGAUGCCCCGUCUGAGUCAGCCUCCGCUGCGGCCUCGAAGGUCCGCAAGAAAAGCGGCGGUGCCGGAGCCGGCGGGAACCGGAAGAGCCCGCCGGAUGACCAGGGCCAGUCCCAGCCGAAGUCGCCGUCACAGUCGCUGGCGGCGGCGGCUAAGGAUUCGACGGCAGACCUAGAGGCGGAGAUGAGCGGGGCGUGCCCUCGGCUCGGGGCCUUCUAUGAGUUCUUCUCCCUCGCCAAUCUCACCCCUCCCAUCCAGUUUAUGAGACGAACAACGAAUCUUAGGCAAGAUGAGCGUCCAUCCGACGAUCAUCUCUUCUUCCUCGAAGUGAAGCUAUGCAAUGGGAAGCUUGUGAUCGUCGAGGCAUGCUCCAGGGGAUUUUACAGUCUUGGGAAGCAAUGCUUGCUUUGCCACAAUCUUGUCGAUCUCCUGGGACAUCUCAGUAGAGCAUUUAAUAAUGCUUAUGAAGAUCUCAUGAAAGCCUUCAUGGAACGGAACAAGUUUGGAAACCUGCCUUAUGGAUUUCGUGCAAACACAUGGCUUGUGCCUCCAGUUGCUGCUCAGUCACCAGCCACAUUUCCUUCCCUUCCUGCUGAGGAUGAAACUUGGGGAGGCAAUGGAGGUGGAUGGUUUCAGGACAGUAGAAGUGAUAUGAUGCCUUGGGCAAAUGAGUUCCUUUUUCUUAAGUCCAUGCCAUGUAAGACAGCAGAAGAGAGACAAAUCGGGGACAGAAGAGCUUUCCUGCUUCAUAUCCUAUUUGUAGAUGUUGCAAUACUAAGAGCUGUUGCAGCUGUAAAGCAAGUUAUGGAUGAAAGAAAAAAUGCAGCUACAGUCGGGGUAGAUGAAAUCUUGCAGUUUGAGACAGUGGGGGAUUUUAGCAUCACUGUCACUAAAGAUGCUUCAGAUGCAAGCUGUAAGGUGGAUACAAAGAUUGAUGGAAGUAAAACAACUGGUAUUGAUGCCAAACAUCUCGCUGAGAGGAACUUGCUAAAAGGAAUCACAUCAGAUGAAAAUACAGCAGCUCAUGAUAUCGCCAUGUUGGGGGUUCUUAAUGUGCGAUACUGUGGUUAUAUCGCUGUUGUGAAAGUCAAGCAUCAUGAGAAAAGCGAACUGGAUUUACCUUUGCAAGGUGUUGAAAUUAAGGAUCAUCCUGAAGGUGGUGCAAAUGCUUUGAACGUUAGCAGUCUGAGAAUGCUACUUCACAAAAGCCAUACACCAAGAGAGAAAAGAUUAUAUAAUCAUCUACAGAGUUCAAGGCAUGAGGAACUCUCUGCAGCAAAAAAAAUUGUGGAGAAAUUGUUGAAAGAUAGCCUAGUGAAGCUUGAGGAGGAGGAAGCUGAAUGCAAUGUUUCAGUAAGAUGGGAAUUGGGAGCUUGUUGGAUACAACAUUUGCAGGAUCAGAAUAAUGGUGACAAAGACAAGAAACAGGUUGGUGAAAAUGACAAAAAACAAAUCACGACGAAGACAAAAAGUGAGAUAAGAGUUGAAGGCCUUGGGAAGCCUCUUAAAAUUCUUAAAAACCCAAAAAAGAAACCAGAUUCUGAUGAAGAAAAGACUUUAACCAUUGACAGGAAAUCAUCUGAUGAGAUGCAUGAAAAACAGAAUACAAAGUUGCCUAUCAAGGAACCUAAGGUAGAAAGCAAAGAAACUGAGAAUUCUUGCAAGCUCAAAGAUUUGUUGACUGAACCUGUAUAUACAAGGUUGCUAGAAUCUAAUACUGGACUUCAUUUGAAGUCUCCACAGGAAUUAACUGAGAUGGCAAUGAGAUAUUAUGAUGAAGUUGCUCUCCCAAAGUUGGUCUCAGAUUUUGGGUCAUUGGAGCUAUCACCUGUUGAUGGUCGUACUCUAACUGAUUUCAUGCAUACAAGAGGUCUAAGAAUACGCUCUCUUGGGCAAGUUGUCAAGCUUUCAGAGAAGCUGUCUCAUGUUCAGUCACUCUGUAUUCAUGAGAUGAUAGUAAGGGCUUUUAAGCAUGUUGUACGAGCUGUGAUUGCUUCUGUUUCUGAUACUGGAGAUUUAUCUAUAUUGAUGGCUGCAACACUUAACAUGCUCCUUGGGCUUCCUGAUUCUGAUGUUUCACAUUCUGCUAUACGUGUGCACUUUCUAGUCUGGAGAUGGCUUGAAGUAUUUCUAAGAAAGCGAUAUAACUGGGAACUUACAAUCUCAAACUAUAAUGAUAUAAGAAAAUAUGCUAUUUUAAGAGGGCUAUGUCACAAGGUGGGAAUUGAAUUGGCACCCAGAGACUUUGAUAUGGAUUCAAAUUUCCCCUUUGACAAAUCAGAUAUCAUCAGCCUUGUACCUGUGCACAAGCAAGUUGCAUGCUCAUCUGCAGAUGCACGACAACUUCUAGAGUCUUCGAAAAUGGCACUUGAUAAGGGUAAACUUGAAGACGCAGUCAACUAUGGAACAAAGGCCACAACUUAUCAGCAGAAGGCAUUGGACAUAAAUGAGAGGGAGCUUGGAUUGGAUCAUCCAGAUACAAUGAAGAGCUACGGCGACCUAGCUGUUUUUUACUACAGGCUUCAACAUACUGAAUUGGCUCUAAAGUAUGUGAAACGUGCGUUGUAUCUUUUGCAUCUUACUUGUGGACCAUCUCAUCCAAACACAGCUGCUACAUAUAUUAAUGUGGCUAUGAUGGAGGAAGGCCUGGGAAAUAUACAUGUGGCACUUAGAUAUCUUCAUAAAGCUUUGAAAUGCAAUCAGAAGUUGCUUGGUCCUGACCACAUUCAGACCGCAGCAAGUUACCAUGCGAUAGCUAUUGCACUAUCCUUGAUGGAAGCAUAUCCUUUGAGUGUUCAACAUGAGCAAACAACAUUACAAAUACUUAGAGCAAAGCUUGGUCCAGAUGACUUGCGUACUCAGGAUGCUGCUGCCUGGCUUGAGUACUUUGAGUCAAAGGCUAUUGAGCAGCAAGAAGCUGCUCGAAAUGGUACGCGGAAGCCUGAUGCAUCUAUUGCCAGCAAAGGCCACCUGAGAUGUGCCAACUGAAUUUUCUACUUCCACUAAAAUGAUGAAUAUCCUAUGCCUGAUCUCCUUGAUUUCAUUGAUUCCAACCAAGAUGGUAGAGGAAGAGAUGCUGAAUCCCUGAAGAGGAAGAAUCUGGGUUUAAAGGUAUGUUGAUAAGCCUUUAUCUUGUUUAAAUACUUCUGAGAAUCUAAUUGUGUAUUUAUGUUUGGUCAUGUUGGCUUACAUGUUUAAUAUAUCCGCUUGCUACCUGAAUGAUUUUUUAAGUGGUAGAUCGAAUAAAUGUCAAAGACAACAUUUAUAGAGCCAAUAAUUUCAUGCUAACUUUGGUGGUGAAUUAGGUCUUAGGUAGUAUAUAGUUUAACAGAAUAACCUAAUUUAUAGCAAAUAUCAAGUUAGUCACUUGAAAUAAUUCAACUUGUACUUAAUUUUUGCAUCUAAAUUAGUGGUAAACUGAAUAAAUUUUGAACUUAACACUCAUAGAGCCAAUUGUUUCAUGUAAAUAUUGGCAAUAAAUCAGGUCUAACAUAAUAUAGUGAGCAAACUAUGCUAAUUUAUAACAAGCAACUAACAAGUUACUCACUUAAAAUUUUUCAAAUUGUACUUAGUUUUUACAGCUCUUGCUGCCUGCUACCAAUCACUUGAUUAUAGGCAUGCAUUUAUUUUACCUUGUCUGCCCUGCUUCUGGUUCAAGAAGAUACUGCCUUAUUGCUAUAUAACCUGUCCAAGUAUUUGAAAGAGAGUCCAACUGAACCUAGAAAACAGAAGUAGAUCCUCACUCUUAAUUGUUGUGCAUGUGGAUAAUCAAAAUACUCAAGCUUUAUGUAUCAGUACUAGAAAAAUAUUUUUUGAGAAACAUGUCCUACAUCCAGCUAGUCUUCAAAAUCAUGAUGUUAAAUGAGAAUUCGCUGCAAAGGCCAUACUGUUUUUGCAUAACAGUGUCCUUUAGGUAUUUUUUAUUGGUUAUGAACAAUAUUUUCAUAGUUUCAGAAUUCUUUUAGUGUUUGAUACUUAAUUGCAACACAAACCAACUUAUAUUAACUAGAUGCUUGUGCACUCUUUAAUUAAAAUCAAAAUGUAUUCCAGAUUAUUUAUAGUAUUUAAAAAUAUAUAUUUUUGUGUUACUGGGCAGUUUUUCUCUCUGUACUAAGAUGCUAAUGUAGUUGCUGAAAGAAAUUGAUGAUGAAUCAGACACUUAACCUAUAAAUGGAGCCAAUAAAAAGUAUUGAACACCAACCCAUUAACUUCUAUGAAUGGAGGGCGGUGUUCUAAUACCAAUAAUAAACAACACCCAACACUUUCGACGAAUACUACGAUGCCAGUAUUCUCAAGCUCAUGAACAAAUAGGCACCUGGAAGAACAGAGGGGCUCCACGAAUUCACAAGAGCAGCGUUCGUUCCGCCGAUAGAAAAGAGGCUUUGCUCUUCCUUUUUGGCCCGUCUACUGAGACAAAGAAGCGAAGGUCGCCAUUGGAGAUAAGAGAGACAGAGGAGGAGGCGAUUAGAAACGGAAGCAAUGGGAGGAUAGCGAGAGGAGGAGAGAGGAGCAGCGAGUGGGCUAUGAUAAGGGACGAAGGGCUGAGAUCUAACCAUCACAAAGGCCGUUGGCAGCUUAUGACCGCGUCCCCUGCCCCGAAACCAGUCAUCGCUUUUUCAGUCUCGUAUUCACGUAUUCUCCCCACUCGUGUCUCUCAUGCCUGACUAUAUCACCGCAGGCGUCAUUGUCACCGCAGUGACGGGUCCCACGUUCUCGAGGCAGGCGGGUACGCGAUCGGAAAACUCCUGCUCUGAUCUGUAUCGCCCCAUGUCUACGUAGAAAUACGUAUUUCGAAAAUUUCCCCGGACCCCAUCGUGGCCCUUGGAUCGAUGAUGGAGGGUGAGGAUGCGCCCACCCAAUACGGGUCGGACGACGGGGAACGGAGCAGUAGCUCCGGACCUGUUUGGUCCAUUAAUGGUUUUGGGUUGUGGGAGGAGCACCCUUUUUGGGCUGCUCCCGAUGCUUGGGGGCUUAAGAGCUACAAGUCGGAUCCGGGUCUGCUAAGACACCACACUAUUGUUGGCCUGCGGCAGCUUGUUGUCACGAACGGUCGUCGCGCACCCGCAACAACUCCGUUCAACGAACCGUUCGUCGCUCACACCCGCAUGUACAGCUGCUCGACAGCAUGUUUCCUCAUGGUUUUGGGUCAUUUUGCUUGUAAAUAUGUAAGUUCGAACAAGCUGCAGCGUUGCAAAGCGACCACUCACCGAACCGAGCAAAACAGCCCCAAAACAGCCCAAAACGGCUCCGUUUUCGCGUGCCGCGGGAGGUGAGCGGAGUGCUGCCUCCGCUCACCAAAAUGUCAGCCAUCUCAGCACCCAGGAACCCCCCGGGUGGCACAUGGCUGGAUGGGGCUUCGGUUAUAUACCGGGCGUUGAACACUCUUUCGCAAGUUCGCACGUGACCUUUACGGGAACUUGGUUUUGCGCCCGGGACCAGGUGAGCGACUGUUUGUGGGCUUGCAGCUGUUCGUUCAUCCUUGAAAGCCUUGUUUUUCUUCCUCUCCCUCUUUUCUCUUGUGCACACAGGGUGUUCGUCGAAUUGCUUGUAAAACUUUCCUUUUCGCAAGACUUCGGGACUUGUCCGUUGCUCGUUCUUUCGAUCUAACUUUCUUUCUCUUUUACAGGUCCUUCGGGACCUGCGAGAGGUUACAAAGUGGCUGAUCCUUGUGGAGCAAGAUCGUAAGGGCGAAGCGCGACUUAGGCAACGCAAGCUAAGUUCGCGUCUUUGCGACGAGGGUGACUCGCGACUUAGGCAACCCAAGCUAAGUUCGCGUCUUUGGCCGCAAGGGUGCAUCACGCCUUAGGCAAUUUCAGCUAAGGUCGUGACAUUGUGGUAAAUAUUAGCUCAGGUGAAAUGUAAAUCCAAGGAACCAGCGGUUGGGUCGCGGCCUGACUCGACCCAUUCCCCAAGAGCCCAUGGUCGAGUCAGAGCCUGACUCAACCCAUUGAGCGUAAGGGAACAAUAAUUCUUUAAAUAUGCACUAUAAUUUAUUAUUUCAUUAAUUCUACUUGUUCAUGCAAUUUAUGUUCAUAAUUAAGAUAGAGUCAAUGGAGUUGCCCAUCCGAUGUGAUUGGCACUACCGCCAAAUUACGUUGGUGAAUGAAUUGGAUUUGACGAACAUGGGUGACUCUCUUUGCAAUGCAAUAAAAUUGGUAGAUAUUUCUUAUAUCACGACACAUUAUUGCACGAAAAGUAAGUAAUUGGGGAAAAGAAAAAGGAGGGGGAAUUUGUUCGGGCAAACACCUAAACAUCACCCAUCACAAUGAUUCGAAGCAUGGCCUCAUUCAUUUGGUGAUGAUGACAAGGGCUUCUUCCUCGGAUUCUUGCAAUGUAUCGGGUAUAAGUGGAGAUAUAUUAUUAUCUGAAAAGCCUAAUACAUAAAAUAAAAUAUUCCAUGAUAAUUAGAAUUCUUUGUGGAAAUCUAAUAAUUAUUCGCUACCAUAGUUAGGUGGAAGUUCUUUCUAAUUAAAACCUCCCCGGGAGACCAUUAAAAAACAUAAUACUUAAAAAAAUCAUAAUCAAAAUCUUAGAAUAUCUCAAAGAAAUUUCUUCCAAUUUAAUCUAUAUAUAUAUGUUUUUUGUUGAUAAGGGGUCCUAAAGGUUUUGUUGAUAAUUAAAAUAAAUAAUAUUUUCGAGGAACACACAAAAAAACCCAAAAAAAUGACACCCCAAAAGGGAUUUGAAAAAAAAAAGUAUUUAAAUAUUAUUUUAAGUGGGAUAAAGAUGACGGAGGGCGGAUCUGUGUGCCCCGAAGCCACGUGGUCCUUAGGAGACACCAAUACGGCUCCCCAACGGGCCCCGCGGCCCAAAGCGACAAACCCCGGUUUCUGCCACCCCUCGAUCCGAUUCCCGGUUCGCGUCGCCUCUUUCCGUUUCCCACGGGGCUCGGCGGACGGCGGUGGCACACGAGGACAAUAGGCGACUGCGACCUCCAGCUGUCACCUCCCCACUGUAACCUUCUGCUGAGCCGGCGAUCCUUACCUUUAGGACGAAAAUACCCUCCGCAUUACAUAUACGCGGUCGUUUUUACCUGAGCUUUAGGAAGGGUUACACCGUAA